AUGGCCGAAAAGCCAUCCACGAAAAACACAGCUGCGUCCAUGUUCCUGGCGCUUCACCAAGAAAGCUUGGACGACCAGUACAUCCAGCUUGAAGAAGCCUUUCAGAACGCUCUGUCCACUACAGCCUUACAUGAUUUGAUCCGGCAAAUCGACCUCCAAACAAACAACAUCGACUCAGAUUUACAUAGACUUGUCACUGUGGGGUCCAAGAAACACACUGCUGAAAUCUCGCUGUUGGAGCUUUCCAGAGCCAAAUUGUCUGGAGCCAUAUCCAACUCCAAUGACUUGACCAAGGUGUUCACAUCUGCCAACGACUUGGGCCAUUCGCUUACAUCCAAGAUCAAGGCGUUGGACCAGGAAAUCAGUAAUGUCGAUUCGACGUUGCUGUUUGUGGCUGACGUGCAGCUGCUUAAGAAUAACAUCAACCAGACCCAGUAUGCUAUAGAGAAGGGUAACUGGGAAUUGGCUGCCAAUUGCAUCCAUGUGAUCAACCAUAAGCUUAGUCCGAAUUUGGUGAACGGGAGGUUUGCGCUGGUGAUGAUUCCGUCGUCGGAAAUUCCUGAACUACCUGCUCCUACGAUUAAGAAAUGGAUUGAGCAGUUGACUGAGGAGUUCCAAACAAGGUUCAACGAGGCUGCUAAGGCUCGGUCUGUGCCUGAAAUCACCAAAUACUUUCAGCUUUUCCCGCUUAUAGACCAGGAGGAGGUUGGUCUUCAGUGCUACUCGAAGUUUAUCUGUUCUAUCAUUACUGAUACUUCUCGUACAUUGAUCAAUUCUGCCACACAGGGAGAAACCAGACUGGGCAUCUACGCUACGGUCACGUCGAACCUCUUUGAAAGCAUUCUGACGAUGUUGUCUCAGCAUACACCAUUAAUCAAUAAAUACUACGGCUCGUCGUAUCCGGACGCUGUGGUGUUUGUGGUGACUAGAAUACAGCGAGAGAUCGACUCGCAAAUCGGUCUUAUUGCUGAUACGUUCUACGAUGUGAAUCGUGUGGAAAAGACGCUUCUGGACAUUAAGCUUCAUAAGUUUACGGAGCUUACUCGUCGUUUCUCUGAACACUACCAGCAGAACGAAACAGAGGAGAAUGAAGUUUUUGAUCAUGAUAUCGUGCCGCUUGUGGAGAUUGGUGAUUUGACUCACGAACUCUCCAGCAUCUUACACCACUGGUCUUUGUACUGUAAGUUUGUGUCUGUCAAGUACUUCUUCAAGGGUCAAUCACCAGAGGAGGAUCUCAAACUUCCACAACUUCUCAGCACUUCCAACUUUAACAAAAAGAUUCACAACAAGCUUCUACCUGCAUUUGAAGGACUCUACACAUAUUAUUUCCGCCGUUCGUUUGAAAAGGCUAUCACGAUUGAGGAGGUGCCUCUUUUGGAUUCCUACUUGGUUACUACUGUGGAAUCCAAAUCUCCAGACCAGCCUGUCGUUUCAUCAGUGGUUGAAGAUCUCAGUUUAAUUUUUAAUAAUUCAUUGAGAAACGUUUUGGACUCGACGCAGCCAACUACCGUCAAACACUUCAUUAAUGAAUGUUUCAAGGUGCUACAGAGUGAUUUCUUGGGAGGCUUCAUUCGUAAAGCUCUCCACGAGAACCUGCCAAGAUACAACAAGACAUUAUCACUCACAACUGCGCAUAAUGGAUCUGUUCUAAGCGGAACGGCUAGCCCAUCUGCUUCCAGAGCUGGUACACCAGCACCAGAAUCUGUUAGUGGCUACUUGAAGGGCGCUUCGUCGGCCUUUGGCAAUAUUGUUGGCACAGGUACUUCCAUGGUGGGAGCUGGAACAGUUGCAGCAGGCUCUAACGAGCCAAAACUCACAAACUACGUCAUUUAUCUUAAUACUGUUGCUACAGCACAGGAAUUCUUCCGCCAGAUCAUCGAGAACAUCACUGUUCGUGACAAGCAUUACAUCAAGAACAACUUUCCGUUCGCUAUUGACGAAGAAAAGAUAAAGAAUAUCAUACGAGCCGAGUUGUUGGACCCACUCGUGUCCACCACAAACAAUGUUAUCAGACAUUCUUUGCUCAACUUCUACAACCAGUCUAUGAAGAAUAGGGUUGCAGGCAUUGUUCACGAAACAUUCCCUGAAGCUAACGAUACUCACUACAUGGCAUACUCUUCAUCGAUUCUUAAUGACCCAUCCAGCAUGAUCAAGUUCAAGCAAUCUUGGGACGCCAUGAUAAGGCCAUACAAACAAACUAUGCAUAAAACCUUGGUGUUCAACAAGCUCCUUCGACUUCUUGUUGUUAACCUUGCCAGUAUGAUUGAAAAGAAGUUGAUGCUGGCGCUCAAGAAGUUCAAGAUCAAUGAGUUAGGUGCAUUGAAGCUCGAUAAAGAUGUUUCGUUUAUCAUCAACGAAGUCUGUGAGGAUGACUAUGAGCUUCGUGAGAAGUUCGUCCGUCUUACACAGUUGGUUCUUCUUGUUGGAAUGGACGAAGAAGAGUACCAACUCAACUCGUUCUCCAACUCCAACGAAGACGCCGAGGACGAAGACGAAGAUGUGGGCAUCAACUGGGUAUUGACCCCACUAGAAAGGAAACAGAUCCGUCGUUUCCGCUGCUAA